AUGUUCUCAGCAGGUUCUGCCAUUAUUAGGGCCGGCGCCCGCCGAGCCGUACCUCGGAUCCGACACCGACAAACCCUUUCCAGGCCUCGCCCACGGAAACCAGGCCCUCUCCCUCGCCGGGUCCGCGCUCUGUCGACCACUGAGAUCCAGAACAAGCAAGCCACCAGCGACCGCACCCGUGCUAUCAUCAUUAGGACGCUGAGCCAGAUCGGCAGCCGACGUGAGGGACAGCAAUACCUCUCGUACUUUACGUCCGUCUCUUCGCAAAAGUUCGCCGUCAUCAAGGUCGGCGGUGCUAUUCUUACCGACUACCUCGAUGAGCUCUGCGAGAACAUUGCCUUCCUGUACGAGGUCGGCCUGUAUCCCGUCAUUGUUCAUGGCGCCGGUCCCCAGCUCAACCGCCUUCUCGAGGAGGCUGGUGUCGAGCCCGAGUUUGAGGAGGGCAUUCGCGUCACCAACCCCAAGACUUUGACCGUUGCUCGCAAGCUCUUCCUCGAGGAGAACAUGAAGCUGGUCGAGAAACUCGAGAGCCUCGGCGUCCGCACUCGCCCUCUGACCUGGACCCUGACCGCCGACUACCUCGAUAAGGAGAAGUGGAAUCUUGUUGGCAAGAUCACCGAGGUCAAGAAGGAGCCCAUUGAGCAAGCCAUUUCGCACGGCUACGUGCCUAUCCUGACCUCCAUGGCGGAGACCCCCGAGGGCCAGAUCCUCAACGUCAAUGCCGACGUUGCUGCGGCCGAGCUCGCCAGGGCGCUCGAACCGCUGAAGGUUGUCUACCUCUCUGAGAAGGGCGGCCUCUUCAACGGCGAGUCGGGUGACAAGAUCUCGCACAUCAACCUGGAUGAGGAGUAUGACUACCUCAUGUCUCAGUCAUGGUGCCGUUACGGAACGCGCCUCAAGAUCAAGGAGAUCAAGGAGCUGCUGGAGACCUUGCCCCGCACCUCGAGCGUCGCCAUCAUCCACCCCAGCGACCUGCAGAAGGAGCUCUUCACCGAUUCCGGCGCCGGUACUCUGAUCCGCAGGGGCGACAAGAUUGAGGUUGCCGACAGCAUCUCGCAGAUCAGCGAUCUCGCCAAGGUUAAGGAGUGUCUCAUCCGGGACCGUGAGGGCAUGGAUGCCGAGGCUACCGUCGAUCGGUACAUCGACUUCUUGAAGGACACCCCUUUCAAGGCGUACUACGAUGAGCCUUACAACUGCAUGGCCAUUGUCCUGCCUCCCGGCAAGGAUCGUUCGCACGCCACUCUGGCCACCCUGUCGGUAACCAAGGAGGGCUGGCUCAGCAAUGUGACCGAGAAUGUGUUCAACGCUAUCAAGAAGGAUCACCCCAAGAUGGUUUGGACUGUCAGCGAGGAGGACGAGAACCUCACUUGGUUCUUCGGCAAGUGCGACGGCAGCUUCGUCAACAAGGGCGACGUUCUCUUCUGGUACGGUGUCGACGACUUCCAGGAGCUCGGCGCGUUGACGGAAGAGUUCAACGCUGUUGGUCGGGCCAUGCUGGGCGACUCGAACCUCGAGUCCCGCCUGCGCCGCGCCGCGCAAACGUCCAACAGCAACCUGGCGUCGCACGCUGCGUCGUCUCGUUAA